AUGUAUACAAAUAGUGCCAGGAAUUUCUGUGCUCACUCUUAUGGCAGCAAUGAUUGGGAUAUCUGUGAAGAGCUUCGAAUUCGAGAACUUGAAGAAGUCAAGGCCAGAGCUGCCCAGAUGGAAAAGACCAUGCGUUGGUGGUCAGAUUGCACUGCCAACUGGAGAGAGAAAUGGAGCAAAAUACGAAUAGAAAGGAAUAAAGCCAGAGAAGAAGGACGGCAGCUGAGAAUAAAGUUAGAAAUGACAAUGAAGGAAUUGAGCACACUCAAAAAGAAACAAAGUUCACCAAAUGAAAAGGUAUUAUUGGAUGUUGAAGUCAUCAGGAAGGAGAAAUGUGAUCAUGUGGAAGAUUCUUGUCCCCAGGAAUUUCAAUUUCCAAUGACUGCUAAGGAAUAUGAUCCUCCUAAAAUCAAUUUGAGAAACAUACAUAUUUCUCCCAAAGAAGAUAUAAGCAAGAAGGAAAUACAUAAGGUUGUCAACCCAGAAAGAUUCAACCAGGAUUUGGAUUUACAAGGUCCUGAUUUCUUCAGAAAAGGUCUUCAUGACAACUAUAUGGAGAAGCCUGUAUUGAGUCUAGAUGAUAUGCUACAACCUUCGGAGAAGGAAUUAAGCCAGAUUUCAACUCUGAAAUUUCAUUUGGAUGAGUCUCAGAAAAAUUUGUGGAAGGAAAGAGAAAUGCGUUCAUGUUUGGAAAAAGAAGUUGAGUUACUGGCAUCAGCAUUGUCUCUUUGGAAAUGCAGGUAUGAAGAGAUGGAAGAAGCAAAAGAGAUUAAUUUAAACCAGUCUAACAUAGUCCAUGAUCUACAUGAAAAUGAAGAAGAAAAAGUUUCUGAAGACAGAAAGGAAGAAGCAAAUUGUCAAACCCAUAAGGACAAAAUAAUUUGUGAACUGAGAGCAGAGCUGGAGAGACUGCAGGCUGAGAAUACCUCUGAGUGGGCCAAGAGGGAAAUACUUGAAAGAGAAAAACAAGGACUGGAAAGAGAAAAUAGAAGGUUAAAGACCCAAGUGAAAGAUAUGAAAGAGUUUUGGGAUAGAGAAUAUCUACUAGCUGCAACUUCUCAAGAUCCUGAUUUUAAGACAUCACAAAGUCAGCUACUAGAAAAAAACAAGGUAUGGAUUCUACUUUGAAGUACAUUUUCUUACUUGCAUAAAUCUUACCUUUAAUGUUGAGAUAUCUUCAAGUUUGACCUAAGUUUCCAAAUUUAACUUGUCUCUUUCCCACCAUCUAAAAUAAAUAUACAAAGGA